AGAUGCAAUUCGUACACUAGCUACUUUCCAAAAUCACUAUGUUCCCAAUCCUAGAAGUACAAGGCAUUCUGUUAGACAGCCCCAGUUGAGAUCUUCUCAGAACUCUUCAACUAGGAGAAGGAGCGGCCAUCCUCGACAGCCUACUCAUAGGAUGUCACGUUUGGCAAACCGAUUAUCAAACCAAUCUCGUGCUGCGUCAUCCAGGGCUAGGAAUUUCCAGUUUCCUUUGGGCAUGGAUUUAGAUACAAGACUUGAUAUACUGGAAGCCUUGGAAGCCGCAGCUGGGGAUCUCAGCAAUAUAGGGCCAGUUAGUGGCAUCCUUCAUGCUCAGCGUGAUUUCAAUGAAAAUGAUUAUGAAAUGUUAUUGGCAUUAGAUGAGAACAAUCAUCGACAUGGUGGUGCAUCUGUUCGCCAGAUAAAUAAUUUGCCACAGUCAGUAGUGCAGACUGAUAAUUUUGAAGAAGCUUGUGCUAUAUGUCUUGAAACUCCAGCUGUUGGAGACACCAUACGUCAUCUUCCUUGCCUACACAAGUUUCACAAAGAUGUAGCUUCCCUUCAUUAUUUUCUUCCUUGUUCUAUUGGUUAUUUUAUAAUAUAAUCUAACAAGAUUCAAAUGCUUCUUCAUCUGAAUGUGACAGUGCAUU